GGAAGAUGGAAGCUGGAAGGAACAUGAAAACGUUGGAAGAGCAGAGAGAAAGAAGAAAAAGACAGAAAAGAGCUUUUUGUCUUAGUGUAUAUUUGUCCUUCGAUCAGACCUGGUGGUGUUCUCUACGUUGCUGAGAUGGAAGGUGUUGAUGCCGACCCUCCUUGCCACCCGCAAGCAUGUGCUAUUCAAGCAUGUCUGACCAAAAACUCCUACAACGAGGCCAAAUGUCGGAACCAGAUCAUCCAGCUGUACAAAUGCUGCAAUGCUCUCUAUACACAGAAGGGAGAGGAUGCAAAAACCCCAAGUUGCCCGAAAUCUUCUUUACUCAAGUUGAAGCUGAAGCAGAUUGAAAAUGGCGAUUUUUGAUAUUGUUGAUAUUGAUAGCACUCGAUAGACACCCAGCGUUGCAUGCCACGUAAAUAUAGCAUCUAUGAAUAUGUAUUAUAAUAUCCCAUCAAUCAAUAUAGCCAAU